AUGGAAGAAAAUACAGACAACCAGGGCGAUAUAUUAGUUUCCGAUUAAUCUAGCUUAUUUUAAUUUUUGCAUUCAAUAAAGUUAAUGAUAUUCGAAAUAGUAACUAUUCUAUUAAAAGAAGAGCCUUUAUCAUUUUUUUGGAGAGCAAUAAUCUUAACUAUUACAACAAUUUAGAUAUCAAGUUUUGUAUUUGAUCCUCAGCUGUUAGGUUUAUGGAAAAACUAAGUUUUAAUGGAUGUAUUAUCAGCAAUAUUAAGGUAUUCAAGGAUAGUUCCGUUAAUAGAAAAGUCUAAUUUUUAAGUAUUUCAAGUAGUUUUUUACAUAUUAAUAUUUUUUAUGCUUAUGAUUAUAUUUGUGAUUAUAUAUAUAGGCCUAUCAUUGAAAAAAAAGUCGAUUAUAAUUUAAUGGCCUAUUUCUUUUUUGAGAAUAUCAACUGAAUGGAUUUGCUCUUUCCUUUAUAUACCUGUAUUUGAAUUAUUCAUGGAAGUUUUUAAAUGCUAAAGUAAAGGAUAAUAAUUUUUUCAUAUGAUUUUUACUGAAGAGGUUUGCUAUACAGGAAGCUAUAUUAGCUUUACUCUUUUAGGAAGUCUUUCAAUGAUAAUUAUAUUUCUCUAUGUUAGUUUAAUGACUUUUAUAUAUUAUGAAUGUAGGUUAACUACUUAAGAUUGUUAUUCGAAAACUACAGCAAGAGGAGAUCUUCUUGUGCAUAUAUUUAAGACUAUUUUGGUGAUUACUUUUACUGUUUUUAGUGAUAAAAGUUUGGAAAUUGUUUUAAUUUUUAUUUAUGUUGUAUUCUCUACUGUACUUUUUGAUCAUUUUUCAUUUAAUCUUUUAUAUCAUCAUUAUUAUAUUUCGAAAUUAAUAACUUCUUAAAUGGCUGUCUUCAUGUGGACUUCAUUAAUGCUUCUUCUAGCCAAAAUAAUGUAUAAUUAUUCGUUUGAUGGAACAAUUAUUGUUUGGAUUAUUGGAUUGCCUUUUAUUGUACUUAUAGUUAUUUUAAGACAAGAAUAGAAUUUUGACUAUAUUCUAAUAAAUAGUAAUAAUUACGAAGUAUUAGCAUAACCAAUGAAUUAACUCACUUAUUUAACUAAAUUAGUAAACCUUUAUCAUUCCCAUAAAGGAAUAGCUAUUCUUAUUGACGGAUUCUUAGAUUAUCAUAGAUGCUUAACAAGUAAAGAAGACACUAAUACUAAAAGGAGAGUUCUUAAAACUACUAAAUUUUCUAAAAUGUUAAGAUAAUAAGGAGAAUGCGAAUAAGUUAUUAUGGUUAUUGCUGUUAUGUAAGGAAUGUAUUAUUAUGGAUUAUAAAAAUUUCCUAAUAAUACGAGACUUAGGAUUCUUUAUGCAUUAUAUCUUUUAGACAAAAUGUAAACUAAAUAAUAAGCACUAUAAGAAUUAUUGAAUGCUGAAUUGGAAAGACCUUCUUUUGAUGAAUAAUUUAUUAUUUAUAGAUAUAAAAUAAUAAUUGAAAAUUCUCUUAUUGAAAGAUCGGAUUAAAAUGGCAAAAAAGGAGAUAAUUAUGAAAUGGUAAAUGAACUUUCAGUUUAAACACAUUUAAAAUAGUGCAGAACAAACAUAGAAAAAAGUGCAAAUCUUCAUCUUGAGUUUUGGUCUUAAUUAAGUGAAGAUGCUCCUGAUUUAGGGAAACUAAGUGAAAUAGGAUAUAAAAUAAAUAUAAUAAACUAAUUAGCAGAGGAAUAAUGGAAAAAACUUUAAUAAAAUGAUUCUUUUAUUCCUUCUAUGAUGAGGCUGUAUGCUAAAUUCAUGAUUGAGAUUUUAAAUGAUAAAGAUGGAGGAGAGGAAAUAUUAAUGAAAUUAUGUGAUUCAAAUGCUAAGAAUGCUUAGAAUAAGACUAGUGGAUUAAUAGAUUUGAAUUCAGAAAGUAAGCCUACUGUCUUUAUCUCAGCAGAAGAAGAUUCUUUUGGAAUUAUUUCUAAUAUUAAUUUAGCAGCAAGUGGAUAAUUAGGAUAUAAUAAAAUGGAAAUAUUAAAUAGAAAUGUGAAAGUAUUAAUGCCGAAUAUGUAUUCUAAAUAUCAUGAUACUUUUAUUGAAUCAUAUUUAUCUUCCUUAGAGUCUAGAAUUUUAAAUAUUGAAAAGUAAUUUCCAGGUAAAAACAAAUUGGAUUAUAUUGUGCCUUUAAUAGCCAUUAUUAGACAUGUUCCUUCCUUAAUACAUGGCUUAUAGUUUGUGGCUCAAUUUAGAGUUUAAAAAACUGUCAAUUUAGUCUGUUAUAUGCUUGUUGAUAGUGAAGGGAAAAUAUAAAAUACUACUUCUACGUCCAUUAAUAUAUUUUUAGUGGAUUAAAAAAGAAUAUUGAAGAAAAAAAUGACUAUUACUGAUGCCGUGUGUGACUUUUAUGAUAAAAUUAAAGAAAUUUAAAUGAAAAAUGGUUUUAAUACUAUAGCUGUUGACUUAAAAAAAAAAAGUAAAGAAUUUAUUGUUAAUAUUUAAGCUUAAGAAGUAUAAUUUAGAAAUUUAGGAUUUUAAGGAUAUUAUGUUAGAGUUGAAAAAGUUAAAAAUAGUUAAUCUAACAUUUAAACAGAGAAUAAAGAUGCAUCUUCUCCAAAAAAAUUUGAUCCGUACUAAACUUUAAAUCCUUUUACUAAUAGAACUUAUAUAAAAUCUAUUUAAAAGAAUUUCUAAAUGAAAUAUGAUCCUGUUAACAAAUAAUUUCUUGGAAAUUUACUUGAUGGACCACCAGGUUAAAUAAACGAAGAAAUAGACUAGACAAUAAUAAUUCCUGAUUCCUCUUAUUAUUUAAAAUAAGCAGAAGAAAUUAUUGACAACAGAACUUAAUAAGAAAAAGAUGAUGAAAUAGAAGCAAAUAAACCAAAAUAUGGAUUUGGAAUAAAAACUUUAAGAUUAUUUUAAGGAAAAGUAUAAGAUGUAGAAGAUAUAAAAAGAGAUGAAGAUGUAGAUGAUGACGAAUAAAAUGAAGAUGAAUAAAACUAAACAAAAGAUGGAAAACAAGAAAUAGAAGAAAUUGAAGAAAGUAGUGAAAUAGGAACAAUAUUUAAAAAUAGACAAAGCUUUAUUUCUUUUACUUAAAGCGAAUAAUUUUUAUAAUCUUCUUCUGUUAAGACUUUAAGAAGAAUUUCAACUCUUUUUAUGAUUAUAUUGGCUAUUUUAUGCCUGGUUAACCAUUUCUUGUCUGAAAGUGAAUUUUCUUAAUGUAUGGAAAGAUAUUAACUACUUACUAUUAAAUUUGAUAACUAAGAAAAAAAAGAGGCUAAUAUUAAAUAAUAAAAAGAUGAUAUAGAAGAAGGGCUUAAAAAUAUGUAAGAACUUUAAAAUUAUAUUUAGUUAAAUACAUUUGAUAUGCUUCCUGAACAUAAAGAAUUAUUUAGCAGUGAUUCUGUUGAAAUGAAAUUCAAAGAAGAAAAUACUGAAAGAACAAGAGCUUUUGAUAUAAAUGAAGCCACUUCUUGCAAUAUUCCUUGA